CUAGGGUUUCUUCAAUUUCACUCUCUCUCUCUCUCUCUCUCUCUUGAGUUUGUUCUUCUCUGUAUCAAUCAAAUCGACGGAGUUUGAGCUUUUUUAGAUUCCGGCGAUGGGGUCAGUCCCCGAUCCAGGCGAGUUGACUGAGUUAGCUCAGCCGAGUUUCGAGGAGUUUCAGAAACAGACGUCGUUGAUGACAAGCUGUACUCUUCUAUGGCAAGAGCUCUCCGAUCACUUCACUUCUUUAGAGCAGAAUCUGAUGAAGAAAUCUGAAGCGUUGAAGCAGAUGAUUGAAACGCUAGACAAUCAGACUCAGACCUCGCUUGAGUCUCUGAAGCGUAGAGAGGUAACAAUCGACCAUAGCGUUGAGAUCGUAGCUGGGAAAGUUGGGGAACGAGCUAGAGCUGCUCUUGAAUCGUUAGAGAAAGCUAGAGAUGGUGGUGAUGGUUCUAAUGAUGAUUCCGGUGAGGUUGACGAUGAAGAAGGGCUUCUCUCUGCGUUGAAAUCUCUAUGUCUUAAAAUGGAUGCGAGAGGGUUUUGGAACUUUGUGACGGCGAGAAAGAAGGAAUUGGAGAAUCUCCGGUCAAAAAUUCCGGCGGCGUUGGUUGAUUGUGUAGAUCCGGCGAUGUUAGUGCUUGAAGCGAUAUCUGAGGUUUUUCCGGUGGAUAAAAGAGGAGAUAAAGUGAGCAAUGAUUAUGGAUGGGCUUGUGUUGUGAUUCUAGAGAGUUUAACACCUGUAAUGGUUGAUCCAGUGAUUGGGAAAUCGAGGUUGCUUGUUACUCCGAGCGUUAAGGAGAAGGCUAAGGAGAUAGCUGAGACGUGGAAGGCGAGCUUGGAAGAGAGAGGAAGGAUAGAAAAUGUGAAGACUCCUGAUGUGCAUACGUUUCUGCAGCACCUUGUUACAUUUGGAAUUGUUAAAAGUGAAGAUCUUGCUUUGUAUAGAAAGCUUGUCGUUGGAUCUGCGUGGCGUAAACAGAUGCCUAAGCUUGCUGUUUCUGUUGGUUUGGGUGAUCAAAUGCCUGACAUGAUUGAAGAAUUAAUCAGCAGGGGACAACAGCUUGAUGCUGUUCAUUUUACUUAUGAAGUUGGCCUUGUGGAUAAGUUUCCUCCUGUUCCUUUGCUCAAAGCUUAUCUAAGGGACGCAAAGAAGUCAGCAGCAUCUAUCAUGGAGGAAUCUAGCAAUACUGGCCGACCUACGCAUCUCGUGGCGCGCAAGGAGCAAUCAGCACUUAAGGCGGUCUUGAAAUGCAUAGAAGAGUACAAACUCGAGGAAGAAUUCCCUCCAGAGAACCUCAAGAAGCGGUUGGAUCAGCUAGAGAAGACCAAAACCGAGAAGAGAAAACCAGCAGCUGUUCCCGCAAACAAGAGAACCCGAGCAAGCUACAACGGUCCAAUGCCACCAGCCAAAGCCGGGCGUAUCACAAACGCAUACGUCUCUUCCUUCCCUUUCAUCAGAUCACCCUCUCACUCUCCUCAAUACGCUUCACCAGCAGCUUACCCAUCCCCACCUACAACAGUCUACAGCAACAGAAGCCCACCUUAUCCAUACUCUCCCGAAAUCAUCCCAGGCUCAUACCAAGGCUCUCCUAUCGGUUACCCAGCAUACAACGGUUAUUGCAAUGGUCCAGUUCCUGCUCCAGCUCCUCCGGUUUACCACCCGCACCAUCAUCAACACCACCAAUUCCACCCUCAGCAACAUUACUACUGAAUUAGAGACAGUGUGACAACAAAACAAGAAGGAAGAAGAUGAGUGUAAUAACCAAACAAUCACUGAUACUGUGACAACUGCUACUACUCCGGUGUUCUCUCUGGGUCUAUUGUCUUUCUACGUCGUCGUUUUUGUCUGUAAUAUCUCUUCUCAGACCUAACAGUCUCUUUCUCUCUUAGUAACUUAGCUAUAUCUCCUCUGGUGUGUUUAUUAAUCACAUAUAAAAAAAACGCAAGCUUUUGUAAUGUCUAAUAUUCAGUCAACAAACCUAUCUUUCUCUUAAUCAAA